AUGGGAUUAUGCAUUUCUACCAAAGAAGGCGAACAAUAAAUGAAUGACGAAUUUAUGAAAGCACCAACAGCUACCUUUGAACAAAUAGAGGAAACUGGUGAGUAGGUGUUUGUUGAUGAUAACCGUGAUGCCACAGUUAAAUUGACUGAUUUUUAAUUCGAAAAAGUCUUAGGAAGAGGAUCAUUUGGAAAGGUGAUGUUGGUAACCCAUAAGGAAACGAAUAAACUAUACGCUAUGAAAAUAUUGAGAAAGGAGAUGAUUGAAAAGAGAAAUUAGAGAUUGCAUACGUAGAAUGAGAGAGCCAUUCUUGAAAAUGUUAAGAACCCUUUUANUUGA